AGGACUUUUGUUAUUCAUUCUUGUUCUAUUCUUGUCUUUGUAGCCUUCUGAUCUCUUCUCUCUGUUCUUUUUAGGAUAGUUAUAAUGUAGCAUUUUAGUAUAAUAUAUAUCAUAAUAAAUCAGCCUUCUGAUCAACAUGGAGUCAAGUCUCGUGUCCUCGCACCAAGAGUCCAAGUCAAAGCAACAAUUGGUGACCCCUGGACGUGUGAAACUGAUGGUCACCCCAAGAGUGACCAUGGAAUCUAGCCUGGAGCUGAAGAAACGAGACCCUGAAGAUGGGCAGAGUUCACAGCCAAGGCAAGCAGGAGAACCUGUUGGACUUUCCUGGACAUUGUGUCCAGAGACCGCAGAGCAGCAGAGCUGCACAGCUGGAUCCACAAGGACACUGUCUAAAGGUACUGUUAUUUUUUCCCUUUCUGAAGAUCCUGCCAUUCGCAAAAGGUGGGAGGAAAGUUGGGAAAAGGUACCUUCGGAAGCUCAGGUUCCGUUUACUGCGUCAGAGGAGAAAGUUAUUAAAUUCUGGUGCAGAUGGGGACACAGGAACAGAAUUCCUUAUCAUCAGUGGGAGAGAGAUUGUUAUGAGUUUUUCAAAUGGGCAAAAUUUCAUAGAUUUUUUACAAAUGUCGUCUACUCCCUUGAUUUCGAUUUAUGGGAGCUCAUGGACGCUGCUUUUCAUUGGGCACUAGGCCAGGGUGUUGGGUACCCAGAGGUGUUUCUAGUGCACAUAUACAUUUAUCUUUUUAAUUUGAAAACAUUGCACAAUGCGAGGGACAUCCUGGCUCAGGCGCGCAGUCGCUUGCUGUCCCCGCCAGCUUCAGCACGAAAGAAGCCUCUCAAAGAAGACGAACCGCGGGUUUGCUGCCCCCCCGCACAGCCCACAGCUGAGCAAAAGUUUUUCUCUGCUCCCUCGGAGCAAACAGAUCUGCCUUCCCCCCCCGCUCCUUCUCUUGGGGGGGAUGGGGAGCCGAGCCCGCCGCUUUCCGGGCCGGCCCCGCCCGCUCCACCGCGGAAUUCUCCGCUUCCCCCACCCCGGGAGGGGGCGGAUCCGGCUCCGCCUCAGCCAGCCCCGCGGGAGGCGCCGGACCCCGCGGCUCCGCCUCAGCCAGCCCCGCGGGAGGCGCCGGACCCCGCGGCUCCGCCUCAGCCAGCCCCGCGGGAGGCGCCGGAGCCGGAGGCUCCGCCUCAGCCGGCCCCGCGGGAGGCGCCGGAGCCGGAGGCUCCGCCUCAGCCGCCCGAGCCAGCUCCGCCGGCUCUGAUGACUGCGCCUGCGCCGCGGCACCCGGAACCGCCUCCCGCCGAUCCGCCCGUGUUGCCAGGCAGCGCGAUCAACAACAGUGAUUCCCCGGCUGUGCUGCUGUCCCCGGGAGCUGCAGGAGCUGCCUCCGUGUCUUCUUCUUUCUCUGCAUCCCAGCCGGCAACUGAAUUCGCAACGGUGCAGGCGGCGCCGGCGAGAGCCGACCCCGCUCCGAGCCCGCCGCCCCCGCCUGUCCCGCCGCUCCCUGCCGAUCCAAUUGCAGUGCAAGAGCUUGCCGAGAAUGGUGCUGAGCCCACGGGAUCGCCUCAAGAGCCGACACCAGCGCCCGUGCUGCCCGCACCACCCACCCCAGUUGUCCCGCAGGUUUUUGAAGCCCCGUCAUUCGCAUCAGACCCUGCGAAGAGCCUGUCCUUCCGUGGAGGAGGCGUGGCCCUCCAGCUGACUGCAGGAGCAGUUCGGCUGGCUGUGUUCAAAAUCAUUCUUUGUUUCAGGAUUCUGCAAGCCUGUUUCAGGACCAAAGGGGACUUCCAGAGAUGUCCAAGAAGAACAUCUUCAGUCCAUGGACUCUGUCCUGAAAUUCAGCUGUUUGGACUUGAAACAAUGAACUUUCUCUGCAUGUUUUUUGCAUUUUCUUAUAUUUUAAGAUUGUUAUAGUGAUAUGAUAUAAUUAGAUGUUUGAUAGGUGAAGAAUUUCCCUGAAUGUUCUACAGGUGAAGAAUUUCCCUGACCAUUCCACAUCAGCAGAUGAUUGAGAUUUUGAUUGGCAACAGAUGAACCUCAAGAGGUGUUGUUCUCUCUUCUGCAAGGGCCCAGUAGAAGAGAUUGCAAACAUUUCUUUUUCUAUUUAAUUUAAUAAUUUAAAAGGGUGAGAUGUUGCCAGGAUUUUUAGUGAAAAAGCCUCUGCUAGGAUUUUUCCUGUCCUGAGGAGCUGAGGGCCUCAGGAAAGAAAUGUAAACAAUAACUGUCUGCUGCUGUGGAAUGCCGCAGGUGCAUCUUCCAUUGGUUCAUGUGGAUUGUUUUCAAUCAGUGACCAAUCACAGCCACCUGUGCCAAGGCUGUGAGCAGUCACAGGAUUUUUGUUAUUCAUUCUUGUUCUAUUCUUGUCUUUGUAGCCUUCUGAUCUUCUUCUCUCUGUUCUUUUUAGGAUAGUUAUAAUGUAGCAUUUUAGUAUAAUAUAUAUCAUAAUAAAUCAGCCUUCUGAUCAACAUGGAGUCAAGUCUCGUGUCCUCGCACCAAGUGUCCAAGUCAAAGCAACACUGGGGGGAACUGGGAGCACUGGGGGGAACCAGGGAGUCCUACUGGGAGCUCUGAAGAGAACUGGGAGCACUGGGUGUGAACUGAGGGCACUGGGAGUGAGCUGGGAGCACUCAGGGGGUGAACUGGGAGCACUGGGAGUGAACUGGGAGCACUUAGGGGGUGAACUGGGAGCACUCAGGGGAUGAACUGGGAGUGAACUGGGAGCACUGGAUGGCACUGGGAGCACUGAAGUCAGGCUGGGAGUGAUGCGGGGAUGGCACUGGGAGCACUGGUCGGAACUGGGAUUGGGGAUGCGCUGGGAAAGGGAGACCCCGGGAAUGAGGGACCCCAGGAAUUAAGGGACCCGGGGAAUGAGGGACUCUGAGAAUGAGGGACCCCGGGAAUUGAGGGACCCUGGAACUGAGGGACCCCGGGAAUGAGGGACCCCGGGAAUGAGGGACCCGAGAAUUGAGGGAGCCGGGAAAUGAGGGACCCUGGGAAUUGAGGGACCCGGGAAUUGAGGGACCCCGGGAAUUGAGGGACCCCGGGAAUGAGGGACCCCGCGAAUGAGGGACCCGGGAAUUGAGGGACCCUGGGAAUGAGGGACCCGGGGAAUGAGGGACCCUGGAACUGAGGGACCCUGGGAAUGAAGGACUCUGGGAAUGAGGGACCCCGCGAAUGAGGGACCCGGGAAU